CUUCAGCGGGUGAGGACGCGCUCUUGUCUGUAGUGCCUCUCCAUCCGUCGUGGCAUAUUGUGACCUUUUUGGCCCUUCAAAUUCGCCGAAAAGGAAAAAAAAGUACUUUAAAAAACUGUAACUCCUUUAUAUAUAGGAAAUCAGUGUCAGAGACGCAAACAAAAGCAGGACCCCAAAAUCUGAUAACCCAUUUCCUUCUCAUGUGAUCCAAAAGGAAAUGGUUUGGGCCACUGGACACCCGCGGGAAGGAGCGAGAAUCAACGAGAAUCAACGAGAACGAACAGCACUCCGACACUCUCUCGACUUGAUGAUAUAUUUCAUGAAAUUGGAGGAAAACUAAAAGGAAAAAAAAGAGAGAGUGAAAUCUUAUUCGUGUCUUUGUAAAUAGAUGGACAUUUUGCAAAGGAAAAGGGAUUUAAAAGAUGGGAGAAUUUAAAAGCACGCAGUGACGCUAACAAACGCCAUCCGAACUGGACUUUAAUUGACGCAUCCUGAUAAAUUGUCAAAGGUGUCGACGACUAUACUUUUCUUCUUCAUUUUACUUUGAUUUUGCAAAUACAAGUGUUCAAUUAUUUACCGAGAAGAUUAAAGGGGCGAAGAGUGGUACGAAUUGAUACAUACGAAUACGCAAGCAACGCCGAUUUUCUGCCUAAAGGAAUUUCUUCACUUCUUUAAACCAGAGAGAGAAGGAAGAGGAAAAGACCAGAAAGAAGGAAGGAAGGAAGGAAGUCACAGCACCUCGUCAUGAUCAUGACCUAGGACGCUGUAAUCAGUCCUCGAUAGCACGUAGCAGGCGUGGCCGAGAAGUAGGCGUGGCCAAGAAGUAGGCGUGGCCAAGAAGUAGGCUUGGCCGAGUAGUAGGCGUGGCUAAGUGGGCGUGAUGCCGGCCGCCCGAUCUUCCUUCCUGGGAGACGAUCUCCAAGUGUCUACUUCCGCCUCCGCCCGCUCUCUCAGCUCUGUGUCUGCCGGCGACGAAGAUGAACGCACGCCCUACGAACGCGUCCUGUACGGCCUGCACCACGACCAGCGGUGGCUCAAGGAGGUGUCCCUGGGGCGUCGCGUCGGCUUCUACAGGUUCCGCGGAGAGCUCGGCCAGGGGAACUUCUCGACCGUGCGCCUCGCCUACCACCAGCUCACCAGGGACAAGGUAGCGGUGAAGGUGAUUGACAAAUCGAAGUUGGACCAGAAGACGCAACGGAUGCUGGCGCGCGAGAUCGCCAACAUGGACACCGUCGCCCACCCCAAUAUCAUCAGACUGUUCGAGGUGGUGGAGACUCUCUCGCGCAUUCACCUGGUGCUGGAGUUCGCCCCCGGCGGAGAGCUCUUCAACCGCAUCACGACGGAGGGCCGCCUGCCGGAGAAUGACUCGGGGAAGGUCUUCACGCAGGUCCUGGCCGCCGUCACGUACCUGCACAGCCUCUCCAUAAUCCAUCGAGACAUCAAAGCCGAGAACGUUUUCCUGGCGGGUCCCGGGGUCGUCAAGCUGGGUGACUUCGGCUUUUCGACGCGCGUGCACAGCCUGGAACAGCAGCUCAGUACCUUCUGCGGUUCUCCGCCCUACGCCGCGCCAGAACUCUAUAAGGACGAAUCUUACUUGGGCCCAGCUGUUGAUAUUUGGGCUCUGGGUGUUCUUCUGUUCUUCAUCUUAACGUCAGACAUGCCUUUCAAGGCCAACACCGUAGCGGGCCUCAAGCGACACAUCCUGGCGGGUACCUUCGUCAUCCCCGAACACGUGUCUCCCUCGGCCCAGGACCUGAUCACCAAGCUCCUGGUUCAGGACCCUUCCGAACGCCCCACGCCCGCGACCAUCAUGAACCACACUUGGCUCUCCAUGGCGCCCACGCCUCCGGAACCCCUGCAGUCGUAUGUGAUGGCGCCCGCGUUUUCCACAGAGGAGGAGACUCCCUUUGAGGCGGAGGCGGUGUCGACGCUGGCCUCGUGGGGCAUCAGCCGGGAGAGCCUGGAGGACGGGACCGCGCUGGGGGCCCGCUCACCCGCGCUCGCCACCUACCGCAUCCUCCUCCACCGCCUUCUCAACCGCCCAGACACGCCCAGCAUCACUUCCAACAACAACUCGGCAGACAAUGCCUCUACCCCUGUGCCCACGUCCUCGCCCUCGUCGCCCAACAAGGACACGUCGCCGAGGAGACACAGGCUCAGACUCAGGAACGGGACGGCGUCGGGAUCGGCGUCCGCGGGGGUCAAGUCACGCGCGUGCAUCAUCGUCUGAGUGUGUAAAGGGAAUGGCGUUGCGGGUCCUAUGUGCAUUUAAAAAAAAAGAACGCUGUUGACGAAGGCUUUAAGUUAUUUGUUACUGAUGUAGGAAACUUUUUUUAUUUUCCAAUAUUAUGAUUAUUUUGAAAUGUAUUUGUUCCCGUUGUAUAUCUUAUUUAUUUCAUAGUGUUAUAUUUAGGUGAUCUUACACACUUUCUUGUUUCAUUUUUAUACUAUUCAGUUAUAUAUUUUAUUUUGUUCAAAGAACUGACAUGAAAAAAAAUGUGAAAUAGAACAGUGCUUAAAAAAAAAAGUUUUACAUAAUCAGCAAUUCAAAUCAAAUACGAAAAAGAAAUUGGACACGAGACCCCUAAGCUUCAACCACCACAUCAUCGGGAGAAAAAAAAAUAAGAAAAAAUGAUAAAACCACAAUGAGUCACUAUUUUCUUUUUCCUUCAAGUGGCUGUGUUCCUCUCCUACGAGAAUAUUUAUGCAAAUUAUAUCAUAAAUUGAUGAUAUCGAAUUAUCAGUAUGUGGUCGUUAAGAGCGGUUCCUAUAGACUUGCCACUGUAUGUGUUAUAUUUGUGUGUAAUAUCUACCAGUGGGGAAAAAAGGCCAAAGAAGAAUUUACCAUAUAUAUGUAAGUACUAAAAAUAUGAAUGAAUAUUUAUAGCUUGUAUAUUUCCUGUACAGAGGUAUGAGUGUGAUAUGAUUAAUAUUUGGUUAAAAAUAUAUGUAUUUUACGUAACUUAAAAUUGAAAUCUUGUUUUUGUGCAGCAUUAACAUUUUAAAAAAAAAUUUAUACGCCAGUUAAGGUCAAAGGCAAAUAUGUAUUUAUUGUUAUCAUCCUUUUUAAUCUAUUUAUUUCGUCGGGGUUUUUUAUAUAUAUUGGAUGUUGCGAAGGACCAAACCUAUCUUGGUGUAAGUUUUACGAGAAACUGUAUAAAUAUUUCGUUUUCUCGUUCCCUUCAUUCUAUAUCUAUCCUGUGUAUCUUCCUUUCUUUCUUUUUUCUCUCUUUCCCUCUAUCUCCCUCUCUCUCUUUCUCUCUGCCUCUCUCGGUCUCUCUCUCUCUCUCUCUCUCUCUCUCUCUCUCUCUCUCUCUCUCUCUCUCUCUCUCUCUCUCUCUCUCUCUCUCUCUCUCUCUCUCUCUCUCUCUCUCUCUCUCUCUCCCCCUCUCUCUUCUCUCUCUCUCUCUAUUUAUCUAUCUAUAUUUCUACUUUUCUCCGUUUCUCAUAUCAUCCUUCCUCCUCCCUUUCUCACUUUUCUCUCUCAUAUUAUAUUUUUGAUGACAAUCCUUUUAUCCAGACGUUGAAGUAUAUCUCCUUUUGGCGCCUGCGUCAGAAAGGCCACCAAACCAACUUUUGAAGAAAAAAAAUAGUGAAAGAACAUGACGUCACACUUACGAGGGAAAAAAGGGUAUAUAGAUGUGACGUCAUCCUUUCGCUAAAUAGUAAGCUAUCGAGACGUAUCUUUCAAAAAAAAAAAAAAAAACGUGACGUCACUAAUCGAAAAAAUAACAUUAAAAACAACAACAACAACGUGACGUCACAUUCGGAAGAUGACCAAUGACGUUAUUUACACAGACAUCAAAAAAAAUAUAUAUAUAUUACUACUACUUAGCCCCGCCCGUCAUCGCCAGCAUUAACGAACUAUUAAUCCUGGCGAAAGAUUAAAAAAAAAAGAAAAAAAAACUUUUAUAAUAGUAUUGGUGUGAAAUGAUAACUAUGACGCUUUGUAGUAGUGACUACAUCUACACCUGACUUAUUAGGGUCGUAAAGCAUUAAAUAGUGAUGAAUGUGCAUUACCUUGUACAAAUUGUAAUAUUUAGUACUUCCAUUUCUUAGGUGAAAUGCGAUAACCUCCUCUCCCUCCCCCUUCGUUUUAUAUCUCCCUCGUUUAUCAUCUCAUCCCAUCUCCCUCCUCUAAUUCCUCUUUUUCUCUCCCUUUCCCUUCUUCCUUCCCUCCUUAUUCUCCUCCUCCUCCUCUCCUUCCCCCCUUUUCUCUCCCUAUCCUUUCCUCCCUCCCUCCGUUUUCUUAUCCUCCUCCUCUCCUUUCUCCCUUUUCUCCCCCUUUUCUUCUUCUCUUCAUUUCUCUCUCUCUUUUGUCCUUCCUGCUUCUUUCUUCCCUCAUUUCCUUCCUUCUUUUCUUUCUCUUUCUCUCGUUUAUCAUAUAUUUAAGUAUAGAUAAUUUAUUUAUGAGUGGGUGAGAGACGUCACAAGAAUUAGGCAUUUAUCAAAUAGAUUAUAUUUCACUUUAUUUCUUUAUUAUAACAAUGAUAGUCAUUGUUAUUGUUAUCAUUGCUAUUGUUAUUAUCGUUAUUUUAUUAUUAUUAUAAUUUUAUUUUUGUUGUGUUAUUAUUAUUAUUAUUGUCAUUACUAUUAUUAUUGUUGUUAUCAUCUUUAUUAUUACUGUUAUCGUUAUUUUUUUAUCAUUAUAAUUGUUGUUAUUAUUAUCACUAUUAUUGUAUUUAUUAUGAUCAUCAUCAAUAUUAUUGUUAUUAUUAGAACUAUUAUUAUUAUAAUUAAUAUUAUAAUUAUUAUUUUAUCAUUCUUAGCAUCCUUACUGCUACUAUACUCAAUUUACUAAUGAUUUAUUUCAUUAUCAUUAUUGACGUUUUAUUGUUAUCAUUUUCUUCUUUAAAUUAUCAUUAAUGACUUUAUUAGUAUUAUUAUUCUCUAGUCUCUCAGGUUUUCUGUAUCGCCUGAAUAAAGGGAGAAAAAAACGUAUAAUCAUAAGUAGUUUGUACUAUUUUUAUUUCUUGUUUUGUAUGUAACGAAGUAGGUUUAGUGCCAAAUCAGAGAAUUUGAAAUACAUAUAAAAAGGGAUUGUGUGUAUAUAGAGAGGUAAUAUAUAUAGAUCCUUGAUUUCUGUAGAUUUCGGCAUCGCAGGCAGUAAAAUAAAUUAAUACUAAUUAUAAGAAGAGAAAAAGAAACGAUUUAAAAAAAAAAGAUCGUUUGACAUGUUGGGGAAAAAAAGUGUACAUUAAGGAUAGUGAUGAUAAUGAUGUGAUGUAUAAAAGAUAUCGUGUCUUAGAAUAUCUGCUAUUGUGUAGUGGGUAUUGUUGCUGUUGAUAUUAAUAAAGUUUUAGAGAAAAAAAAAACCUAAUUGCCAAGAACUACUUGUUUUUUGUCUUAUUGCAAUUAGAAUAUUAUUUUUCAUAGUUUGUCAUCUUCUUUCCUCUUUUUUUAUUAUUAUUUAUAACAAUGUGUAAAUCCUGAUUAAAACGAAGGCAUUAU